GGGAGUCUUUGCCAUCUAUAUGUCCUCUCAUUAACUAACGCUCUUCCCCAAUUUGCACUGUGCCGUCCGCCGCUGUGUUUAGGCGCCCUCGUUUGCUCUGCGCUCGGCCGUCACGAAGGAGAAAUCGGUCAAGGUUCUUGAAUCGCGCAUUACUGUGCAAUCAAAUAGAUCGGAGGCGGUUAUCGCAGACAGGAUGGGUGGCGGUAAUGCGCAGAAAUCCAAAAUGGCUCGUGAGAAAAACUUGGAGAAAGCCAAGGCGGCUGGGAAAGGAAGCCAGCUCGAGACCAAUAAAAAGGCCAUGAACAUUCAGUGCAAGGUGUGUAUGCAGACAUUCAUGUGCACAACGUCAGAGGUGAAGUGCAGGGAACAUGCCGAAGCAAAGCAUCCCAAAGCUGAUGUGUAUGCCUGUUUCCCUCAUCUUAAGAAGUGAUUGAAUCCCCUCCACAUCAUGAAAGGCCCUACCGAAAAAACCAAGUGUAGUGGUGUUGUAGAAUGGCGUUGGUGAGCAUUUCGUGCUGCUGUCAUAAUCGAACAAUUUAGGAUAGUUGUCACGGAAUGUGCUUGUGUGUUUUCUUUCAGACAUGUGUGGUGUUUCUCUGAAUGAAGAUGGUUGCAAAAUUUGUAUCCCGUCUGUUAUGAAAAACUAUGUGUGGUAUAGCAUAUAUAUACAUAUUUCUAAGA